AUGUCUCAAGGUGGACAGUCCGGACAGCACACGCAAGAGGAGAUGAGCGUCAUCUUGGUGACAGCCGGGUACGAUCAUACUAUACGAUUCUGGGAGGCACUUAGCGGUAUCUGCGCACGGACGAUCAAUCAACAGCCACACUGGAAACAAGUGAAUCGUCUAGCGAUCUCACCAGACAAGCGGAUACUAGCAGCUGCUGGUCAUAAUGCCGUUAGGUUGUAUGAUAUUCAGGAUCGCAAUAGCAACAAUCCGAUCGCUACUCUGGAAAACCAUACAGGAAACGUAACAGCAGUGGCUUUCCACUGUGAAGGCAAAUGGCUGGCAACGGGCAGCGAAGAUGGCACCAUCAAGAUCUGGGACAUGCGGACGUCGGGAACGCAACGAGAAUACUCGCACAAUUCUGCCGUGAACGACGUCGUGGUACAUCCGAAUCAGGGAGAAUUGAUAUCGUGUGACCAGAACGGGAGCGUGAAGAUCUGGGAUCUAGGAGAAGAUAGCUGUACUCACGAGCUGGUCCCAGCGGAAGAUGUGCCGAUUCGGAGUGUGAGCAUAGCGGGUGACGGCGGUACUUUGGUGGCAGGAAACAACAAGGGGAACGUCUACGUUUGGAAGAUCAGACAAGGCAAUGAUCUUGUCGAUUUACAACCCGUCACCAUGUUCAACGCCCACCCCAAAUACCUCACCCGUUGUCUCCUUAGUCCGGAUUCGAAACUCUUGGCGACCUGUUCGGCCGAUACGACUGUCAAGAUAUGGUCGACGGAAAACUACAAUUAUAAGCUCGAACGGGUCUUGUCAGGCCAUCAGCGAUGGGUUUGGGAUGCGGCGUUUAGUGCGGAUUCGGCGUAUCUGGUAACGGCCUCGUCGGAUCAUGUGGCGAGACUGUGGGACCUGCAUAGUGGAGCGACUGUGCGGCAGUACAGCGGUCAUCAUCGAGCGGCCGUGUGCUGUGCACUGAAUGAUAUCAAUCUAAACUAG